AUGAGCGGGCGGUCGCACCGCACUGUGUAUGUGGGCAACCUGCCCGGCGACACGCGCGAGAGCGAAGUGGAGGACCUUUUCGCCAAGUACGGCAAGAUCCUCGAUAUUGAGCUCAAGCUUCCCCCCCGGCCCCCUGGCUUCGCGUUCGUGGAGUUCGCGGACCCCCGGGACGCGGAGGACGCCAUCCGCGGGCGCGACGGGUACGACUUUGACGGCAACCGCCUGCGCGUGGAGCUCGCGCACGGCGGCCGCGGAGCAGGGGGCGGGUUCGGGGGGGGGGCGGGGGGGGGGGACUUUCAGCGCGGACCGUCGCGGCGAACAGAGUACCGCGUCAUUGUGAAGAAUCUCCCCACCUCCGCUUCCUGGCAAGAUCUCAAGGACCACAUGCGGCGUGCGGGCGACGUGUGCUUCGCGCAAGUCUUCAAGGAGAGGGACGGCAUGAUGGGCAUAGUGGACUACAGCAACGAGGAGGACAUGAAGUAUGCGAUCCGCAAGCUAGACGACUCUGAGUUCAAGAACCCCUUCUCCCGCGGCGUCUACAUUCGAGUGCGUGAGGAGAGCAAGACGGGUCGCGACCGCAGCAGGUCACCUCGUCGCCGCGAGCGAUCCCGGUCCCGCUCACGCUCGCGUUCCCGCUCUGCCUCGGGUUCACGUUCUCGCUCCCGCUCCAAGUCCAAAUCGCGCUCGCGAUCGCCUAAGAAGAGUGGUUCCAAGUCGCCCUCGCGCUCGCGCUCUCGAUCCAAGUCCCCUGCCAAGUCCCCCGAGCGUUCUCGCUCUCCUGCUGGCAGUGAUGGGAAGGCAGCAUCGGGUCGGUGGGAUGUUCAAGUUGUCCUCAUUGUCACCUCACAACUCCCUACUCGCGCAACUGUUGGUUUUCCCUCCUCCCUCCUCCCUGCUCCGUGCACCGCGCCAUGCUCCUCGUCUUCUGCUGCGUGCACCGCGCCAUGUGCUGCUGCCAUGCUUACUCCCUACCGCCUCUCCAUCUUCCCCUUCCCCACUCCUCCGCACUUCCCACCUCUCCCCCACUUCCCCUUCUUCCCUCAGCGUGUGGCCACGUGUUCUUCUUCUCCUGCGUGCAUCGCGAGAGCCUUGCCCUGCUGCCAAUAUUCUCAACCACCCACCUCUCCCUUCCCCUCUCCCCCCCCUUUCCCCCUCUCCCCCCCCCGGCACUUUUCCCCCAUCAGCGUGCGGCUGCGUGUUGCCUGCUGCUGCGUGUGGGCACGUGUUCUGCUUCUGCUGUUUGCAUCGCACCAUGACGCCCUACAGCAAGCUGCUGAGAGCCGCUGA